AGCAAAAUAACAUAAUUUACAAAUCCCUAAAAAUGUUAUAAUAUGCCGCCAUACUUUAAAAUCAGUAUUCCCACAUAUGUGUUUUUAAAUUCUACGACUAUAAAUACGUACUUGCCUUGACAGUUUAUCCUGUCUGUCGGUAAACGUCAGUGGCAGUUUGUCUUGGUUAAUACAGUUAAUUUAUUUAUUUUUGUCAGAAGAGGCCGUUUUACGUUAUUUGUGUUGUCUACGAAUUUAUACAGCAACGAUUGUAUUUUUAGCCACCCGGAAAAUACGUACGUUUGCGUUAUUUCUCAUCGGAAUGUUUUCUGUGAAGCACCGUCAACCAUCGUGGCGGAAUUUUUGAUUUUCAAGCUAAAUAUAUUUAUGCUUACUCUCUCGCCAAGCAGUUAAUUGUUUUUCCGGUGUAGUUAUUUUUUAAGUCAUGUAAGCGUGGUUAAAAUAGUUUAUCAACCCACGAUAAGAUCCAAACCGAUGUCAUGUUAAGUAACGACAACCUCUCAAGACGCUUGUUAAAAUCCUCACAUUUAGAACAUGAGUGCCUCCUGUCGCCCUUUGAAAAGGAAAAGCUACAUGGGGCAGCACCAGAUCAAGAAGAAAAAAUGCAACGAGCCAACAGGCAACUUGUCGAAAAAGACAGACACACCAGGGACCCCAAGCACAGCCAGCACAAGGGGGGUUGCGCUAGAAGAAUCCACACUGGCUCUUGAUGAAGAGAUACUGCAGAUAAUGGAAGUGAUUGACCCAGGAUUGAAUCCUGCAGUGACAGGCAGCAGCCUAGAUUCACAGAAGAAGCCGCUUGUUUGCCAUGAACCUCACAACAUCCAGGAAAAUAGCAAGAGACCUGCAAAGAGAGCCAAAUGCAAAGAGCUCGCUCAACGACUUCUUUUCAGUGAGGACGCUGAGGAAUCAGAACCGCCUGCUGGAGGCCCAAAGAAUGACAUGACAGUACCAGCAGUGGCAUGCGUUAGAAAAGAAACGAAACAUGGCCAACAAGCUGAAAUCCCUCCUCGCAGGCGGAAGUUGUCAAAAAAUGGAGAUGGGAAUAUGAAUAUGGGCCCUUCUCAUAAUGUUUCAAGAGACUACAUCUUGUUUAGUUCCACACACGUGGCUGCUGCUCUGAAGAGAUCCAAACUGCAGCAAUCACUACAGAAUCAGUCUGCCUCUUUGCUUACUGUUUCCAGCGGCUUAGAGCUCAGCACGCUCAGUGAUACUUUACCUCAGCCAGGCAUGGCUUUGUGCGCUCCCAACGACCAAGAUGACAAGCUUUUAUUAUCCAACUGGGGCUUACCCACCCCAGUCUUGGAGUGCUACCACAAACAUAAAGUGACUCACAUGUUUGACUGGCAGGCUCAGUGCCUCACUCUUGGCCAGGUUCUGCAGGGAGGUAACCUGGUCUACUCUGCGCCAACUAGUGCUGGAAAGACUUUGGUGUCUGAACUGCUGAUGCUGAAACGCACUCUUGAGACUAAAAGAAAAGCUCUCUUCAUUUUGCCAUUUGUUUCUGUGGCCAAAGAGAAGAUGCACUACCUUCAGAGUAUAUUUGAAGAGGCUGGAGUGCGCGUAGGUGGCUUCAUGGGAAGCACAUCAUUAGCAGGAGGUUUUGCAGCUGUGGAUGUGGCUGUUUGCACCAUAGAGAAAGCGAACUCUCUCAUUAACCGGCUAAUAGAGGAGAACAACAUGCCUUUACUAGGUAUGGUUGUGGUGGAUGAGUUGCACAUGGUGGGAGAUUCAGGAAGAGGGUAUCUACUGGAGCUCCUCUUGACCAAAAUUCGCUAUGUCGCGCAGAAGCACAACAUCUCUGGAUCCCACUCUGAGGGAGUACAGAUAGUAGGUAUGAGUGCUACCUUGCCCAACCUCUCCCUCCUGGCCGACUGGCUAGGGGCAGAGCUUUACCAGACUGAUUACAGACCCGUACCCUUGCAGGAGCAUCUUAAGGUGGGUUGCAACAUCUUUGACAAGAACCUCUCUGUGGUCCAACAGUUUACUCCAGCACUCCAGAUAAAGGGUGAUGAUGAGCACAUAGUCAGCUUGUGUUAUGAGACGGUGCGGGACGGCCACUCUGUGUUGCUCUUUUGUCCCGCCAAGAACUGGUGUGAGAAACUGGCCGACACCAUCGCCAGAGAAUUCUACAACCUCAGAUAUACUGGACGUGACGGCGAAUCAGAGGCCCUGCCUGUGUCCCUGGAUCACGAGGGACUAUUGGAUGUUUUAGCCCAGUUGAGUCGGACUCCAGCUGGGAUGGAUCCCAUCCUCAAACGCACUGUCCCAUGGGGCGUGGGCUUCCACCAUGCUGGUCUCACCUUUGAUGAACGUGACGUCUUGGAGGGAGCCUUUCGUCAGGGCAUGGUCAAAGUAUUGGCCGCCACCUCAACCCUCUCAUCAGGGGUCAAUCUCCCCGCUCGUAGGGUCAUCAUUAGAACCCCGACAUUCAAUGGACACCUGCUAGACACACUCACCUACAAACAGAUGGCUGGACGAGCAGGAAGGAAAGGAGUGGACACCACUGGUGAGAGUGUGCUGGUGUGUAAGGAGGCAGAACGUCAGAAAGGUAUUAGCCUCCUGAAAGGUGAUCUUCAGCCAAUCAGGAGUUGCUUAGUGAGAAGGGAGGGAGAAGGUGUUCCUACCAGUAUGCUGCGAGCCAUUCUGGAGAUCAUCGUGGGAGGUGUGGCCAGUACUCCAGGAGAUGUAAAGUUGUACGCCUCAUGCUCACUUCUGGCUGCCAGCAUGAGAUGCAACAGUAAAGAGGAGUCCAAGGAAGAGACCAGCAAGGGGGCGAUUGAGGCUUGUGUUGAAUGGUUGAUGGAAAAUGAAUUUAUCAGUGUACACAAAGAUGGACAAGAGGAGCAGUACUGUCCCACCCAGCUCGGUGCUGCCACUCUAUCAUCCUCCCUUUCCCCUCCUGAGGCGCUGGGAAUAUUUGCAGACCUACAGCGGGCUAUGAAGGGCUUUGUGCUGGAAAAUGACCUGCAUCUUCUCUAUCUGAUCACACCAUUAUAUGCAGAGUGGACUACCAUUGAUUGGUAUCAGUUCUUCUGUCUUUUGGAGCAGCUGUCCUCAUCCAUGAAGAGAGUAGCUGAGUUGGUGGGCAUCCAGGAGGGAUUCCUGGCUCGCUCAGUCAGCGGUAAACUGGUGGUUAAGACAGAAAAGCAGCGUAGACAAAUGGCCAUUCAUAAACGGUUCUUCACCACUCUUGUACUGCAGGAUCUGGUGAAUGAGGUGCCUUUGGGGGCAGUUGCAUCAAAAUACAACUGCAACCGUGGGCAGUUGCAGUCUCUCCAGCAAUCUGCUGCUACAUAUGCAGGUAUGGUGACAGUGUUCUGCAAGCGUCUGGGUUGGGGCAACAUGGAGCUGCUGCUGUCCCAGUACCAGACCAGACUGAGUUUCGGUGUCCAACGCGAGCUGGUGGAUUUGGUGAGGGUCUCCCUCCUCAGCGCGACACGGGCCCGAGCACUCUAUGCACAAGGUCUGUGCACUGUCGCCGAACUAGCCAGAGCUUCAGUCGCUGAAGUGGAGAAAGCCCUGAGGAACGCUGUCCCAUUUAAGAGUUCCAAGCGUGCAGUGGAUGAGAGCGAGGUGGAAGCCGUGGAGCGCCGGAACCUCCGUUGUGUGUGGGUUAGCGGAGGGCAGGCCCUGACAGAGCAGGAAGCAGCUGUUGCGAUUGUGUCCGAGGCAAAGCUCCUGCUUCAGGGAGACCUGGCACUGCUGGGCAUUCAGUGGCACCCGUCAAUGGUUCCCCCUUGUGCUUCUGCUGUCCAUAGUUCACAACAAGGCCAAGAGGGAGGGAGAAACAAAACUGUGGGUGCUGAUGUUAUUUCACAGAGCAAUAAAGAAGAAAAUGAACACAUGAAACAAGGAGAACCAGGAAAAGAGAAUGUGACACUUCCCACUUCAGGCUCUGAGGUGAUAGAAGUUGAGGCAAAACUGGAGGAGCAUAGACAGGAAGAUUUGAGUGCAAGGAACAAAUCAGGCAUUGAAGUUUUAAUGCUACAGAAGGAAAAGAAUGACGAGAAUAGGGAGAAUAGAAAGUACGAAGGAGGCACAAGUGAAUUUUCAGUCAGAAAGAAGGAUGCACAUGGGCCUGUUGGGCUUCCAAGGAGUAUGACACAAGAACUGGCUGACAUUGUGUCCAGCCCUGCACUUCAACCUCAACAACUGCCUGAACCAGAUCUCCCUUCGGUGCCUCUUCCUCAGUUAAGAGCCCCAGUUUCCAGGUUAGAAGAACACCGCAGUUUUGCCACAAAGACAUCAGAAGUUGGUAGUACUUCAAGGCUCGGUGUCUCUCCUGUGCAGCCAGGAAAACUGAAGCAUUCGCAGAUCCUAAACAAAGUUCUCCAUUCCAUACAAACAGACAAACGGCCACAUGAUCCUGCUGAGGUAGCUCCUGUUCCCGCCCAAAAAACUCUUCCGCAGGAGAAAAAAGCAGACUCCAGUGCUGCCUCAGACCCAUUAUUGUCACCUGAAGCCAAGCGAAGGAGGGCGCGGGGCGCAGAGGUGGACAUGUUUUCAUCUCCUGACCUUUACGCAGGAGAUGAAGAAAUGCAGCCUGACACCAAACAGCAGGAACAGACAUUUGGCGACAGCUUUGAAUUGGACACGCAGACUGAAAGAAUGAUAACUGUCCAGCCGGGAUUAGAACGCAGUGAUGAUAAAAGACAUCAGCAGGAUUUAAAAGGAGCAGGUCAUAUACACAAUGAGGAAAUGGUAGAAGCAGUUGUGGAGCAGAAGGACAAAGAUGAGGGAAGAACCGGACUUCAAGCCCAGGACAAUACAUGCCCCCAGUUCAAUAUUUCUCUGACAGACAGUCAGAUGGAUCUCAUCCUGGACACCAGUGGUCAGAAUUCUCCUGUUGAAGGUGGCAAUAAUGCAGAUCGGAGUAACAAUGAAGCGGCUAAUGCUGCUCUAGAGAAUCCAAACCGAAGCAGCAGCUUCUUGUUUGACAGUCUAUAUGAGAACUCUCUGAGCCCAUAUCAAGCUGACCUUGACCAAUCAGUCAACGAGGAGACCGAAUGCGGACGCCACCUGUUGUCUACACAAGAGCAACGCCGCAGUGAGCUGCUUGUCAACCAGCAAGCAGAGAAGCACGAGGCCAUCCAGUGGGGAGAAUCAUCUUUCAACCUGUCAGAGUGGGGAGACUCACUGCUGGUGGGCGAACACUUUUUAGAGAGGCAGGAGGGCGGCCAUCUGGAAGGUCAUGUUCUUCCUGAAGAGCAGCCGUCACCUGCACAAGCUGGGCCACAAAGUGAAGCUGAAGCUGAAGUUUCAAAACACAUGGGAAACGGAGAAAAGGACGAUGGACCCACGUCUGUACCAGAAGUCAUUAUUGCAGCUGAGAGCAGCUUUUAUUGCAGUCCUGGUCUGCAGGAGAUCUUUGACCGCUGGCCUAGUAUGUCUGAUCAGCCUGUGCAAAACAGCACAUUGGCCCAAAGAGGCAGUAACAGCCAAAAUCCUCCUUUAAGCACCGUUCAUUCUCCAGAUAGAGGUCAACCGCGUACGCAGGUGGCAAUCACUCAUGACCCUGAGAGGGACUCUGUAGGAUCACAACCAUCAAGAGAGGUCACUGAGACGGUAACAGAGAGGCCAGACUCUGCCAGGGACCUUAUACCACCCACUCCGGAGACACCGCCUGUGACGCCCAGAAUAAAACUAACUACUACUUCUAUUCAGUCGCCUCUCGCCAUCCCUCCGCUCAAACAGUCGACUCCCUCAGGUCUUCUGCCCGAGAAAACUUCUAAGUGUCCCAAUAAUGACCAACCAGGAGCUCAUCCAAAAUACAAACCAGAACCUCCUCCACCUGUGAAUACCACACAGCUGCAGCCUCCCUGUGAGCACACACCACCGGACUCCUACCAGGGCUUCUCUCUCCAGCUCUCCCAAGAUGCAUCGCUUUCCUCCACCAAUUCCAGCAGCGCCUUCUCCAUCAUUGACGUGUCCAGUGACAGAAGGCUUUUCCACACCUUCGUCAAGGAGUGGAAAACUAAAGAGCGAUACGCUCUAGCUUUAGCCUGGGAGAAGGAGCACCAGCAUAUGUCAGAUGGGGAAAUUGGAGGGAAACAUAAGAAAGUUCACCAGAAGCUCCAUGGUGCUGAUGGUUUCCCUGUAAGAGGCAGUGAUGGAUCAGUGCUGAUUGGACUGUCUAUCUGCUGGGGAGCUAGAGAUGCUUACUACAUAUCCUUUCAGCGAGAGCAGAGCCAAGGUUUGAGUUUGAGUCUUGCCCCUCCCGCCCUGGAUGAGAGUUUAUCUGUAGGUGAGCGGCUCGAACACGUGAAGGGACGUCUCAGUAGGCCAUCAGCUAAAGGGAGUGUAGUGGUUACGUAUGACAUCAUUCAGGCGUACAAGAUGCUGGUGUUGAGCUGUGAUGUCAGCUUGGAGGAAAACUGUGAAGACCCCAAGGUGGCAUGCUGGCUGUUGGACCCUGGCAGUGAGGAGAGGACUCUGCCAAACAUGGUGACUGUUUAUUGUCCGGAAGCGCUUCCUCUGUUGGACGGGCUUGGGAACGCACACGCAUACUGUCCUCGGGUGAGGGCAGCCACCACGAGCGUGCUCGUAUACGCUGUCAUGAACAAGCUUAGCAUUCUACUAGAGAAAGACGGCAUGUUGGACUCCUUCAGGAGGGUGGAGAUGCCCUGCCAAGUGUGUCUGGCUCUGCUGGAACUCAACGGGGUGGGCUUCAGUGUAGAAGAGUGUGAAAGACAAAAACAUGUGAUGCAAGCCAAACUGGAAGCAUUGGAAUGCCAAGCAUAUGAGCUGGCGGGGCACAGCUUCUCCCUCACCUGCAUUGAUGACAUAGCACAGGUUUUGUUCUUAGAGCUCCACCUACCUCCAAACGGUGACGUGACGGCGCCCAAAAGCAAGAAGACCCUGGGCUACACCCGCAGAGGGGGUGGCAGAGUUCGGCUUGGGAAGCAGUUCAGCACCACUAAGGAUGUUCUGGAGAAGCUCCGCCCUUUGCAUCCGCUCCCAGGUGUGAUCCUAGAGUGGCGGAGGAUCACCAACGCCUUGACUAAAGUGGUGUUCCCGCUGCAAAGGGAGAAGCAGUACCACGCUACACUGGCCAUGGACAGAAUCUACCCCGUAGCCCAGACACACACAGCUACAGGUCGCGUGAGCUUCACAGAGCCCAACAUACAGAAUGUACCCAAAGACUUUGACAUUUCCAUGCCUACAGUGGUGGGUGAGAGCCCACCUUCACAAGCUGGCCGCUACAGGAGCAAAGACGGAAAGAAGAGACGCUCCGUGGCUCCAUCUGUUCCCAGUGAGCGUGCCAGUCAAGGCCCGUCUUUCUCUGUCAGCAUGAGACACGCUUUUGUCCCCUUUGCAGGCGCUAUGAUAUUAGCGGCCGAUUACUCCCAGCUGGAACUGAGGGUGCUGGCUCACCUGUCCAAAGAUCGUCGUCUGCUGCAGGUGCUAAAUGGAGGGGCUGACGUGUUUCGCUGCAUCGCUGCUGAGUGGAAGAGUGUUGACCCUGAGACUGUCGACGACAAACUACGACAACAAGCCAAACAGAUUUGCUAUGGAAUUAUAUACGGGAUGGGAGCCAAGUCUUUAGGGGAACAAAUGGGAGUGGAAGAGAACGAUGCCGCCUGCUACAUCGAAAGCUUUAAGGCCAGAUACAAGGGGGUCAACUCUUUCCUCAGAGAAACAGUGAAGAAGUGCAUCAAGGAUGGUUAUGUUCACACUCUGACGGGACGUCGCAGAUACCUUCCUGGAAUCACCAACACAAAUCCUCACGUCAAAGCCCACGCCGAGCGCCAAGCAGUGAACACAACAGUUCAAGGCUCUGCAGCAGACAUCGUUAAACUCGCCACUGUCAACAUUCAGAGGCGACUACAAAAUACGUACCCGAAAGCGCCGCUGUCUCACCAGCACACACACUCUGCCAGACAUCCUCAUAGAGGCGCAACCUUGCGAGGAGGUUACUUUGUGCUGCAACUACAUGACGAACUCAUCUAUGAAGCCACGGAGGAGGAUCUCAUACAGGUGGCUCAGAUCGUCAAGAGGGAGAUGGAGACUGCAGUGAAACUUUACGUGAAGCUAAAAGCCAAAGUAAAAGUAGGACCCAGCUGGGGGAAUUUGCAGGACUUGGAUAUUUAAUGUACUAUAUAAACACCAAGAUAUAUUUUUUUUCGGAGAAAAGUAAAAAAAAUAAAAGUAGAUUUCUUGUGCAGAAAGGUGUCGCAUGGGCAUGAGGCCUUGGACGAUCAUCACACAAAAUGAACUUGAUCAUUUUGCCGGCCUAAUUAUAUUGCCAUGUAUAUGCGUGUGUUUUCCUCGUCGCUCGCCUCCAAAUAGGCAGGAAGAGGUUUCACUUUGUGGAUUGGUCUGAGCACUGAUAUAUUCUUAGAUUUGUAAUCUUUUUUCAUUGUACUUUUCUUAUAAUGUUAAAAUCCCUCGUGACACCCCUACCAGGUAUACUGUGUGUGUGUGUGUGUGUGUGUACACACGCACACAUUUACAUGCACAGUGUAUAUAAUAUAAACACAAUACAGUACAUAAUACAUGUUAUAUAAUUGAUAAAUAUGCUUACUUGUGUGUAUAUAACAGUAUUUUUAAUCACUGCAUAAAGAAUGAAAUUGCACUUUGUCUAAAUGAACUUUAUGAACAUAUUUAUUGAUUACUGUGCCAAGGUUUUUCUUGUAAAACAUUUACUCGUAUCUUAACAUCUGUAUUUAUGACAUUGCUUGAAUGUAAUAAACUCAU